AUGAGAAGGCUCAAGAAGAAGGCCAAGGAACAGGCGGUCGUCGGCGACCUGAGGCCGGUUAUCGCAGCCCUAGACGAAGUCCUCACCACCACCACCACUACUGCUCCUAGCAAUCCUGUUGAGAAGAUUCUCCCAGCUCGCACCCUGCAAGAGCCAUCAACAGCCGCUGCUCAACCCAAGCCCUCCUCAAAAAAAGCCUUGUCCCAUAAACAGAAGGCAAAAGUCCUAGGCGAGGAGUCCAUCCGGUUGCCCGCGAUCCUGAGCCAUCCCGAGUUCAAGUCCAGAACUCAUCAUGAUCCUCCCCUACUCCUGAACCCCCACUCUCCACCCUGUAAUAUCCGUCGCAUGAAAAUCUCUUGGGGUUAA